GUUCGAAGAGAAGGACCACCGGAAAUUGGUGGGGGAAUUUUGAAUGUGGCCGGAGCACCGUCCGGGGGAUGGCGAUGGCGGUGGUGGGAUGUGGGCUGCGACUGCUGCAGGGGAUCCGCUGUCGGGCGGGAAGGACCGAGCUGUUCAGGGAUCCCUUGCUAACGUUUGUACGAACCAAUACAGAGAGCACCUGGUGGCAUGAGCAUCUCUCUGAAGAAAACAUUCGCCAUUUAAGAAAAGUUGUUUCUGAAGAAUAUAAAUCGUUGACUGAGAACAGAUCUUGUCCACUAAAAGAUGAGCCAUGGCCCAGGUUACCUUGGGAACCAGGUACCCACAGGGUUGGACUUGUUGCAGUGAAGCUUGGGAUGAUGCCUUUGUGGACGAAGGCGGGCGAGAAACACGCAGUCACAUUACUUCAGGUCCAAGAUUGCCACGUUGUAUCAUAUAUAUCUAAAGAAAAAAAUGAUGGGAAAAGAGCCUUGCUGGUAGUGGGUGGAAAGAAUACAUCUUUAUUUAGUAAGUCAGAGACUGUUAUGGAAAAGUACAGGCUAGCUGGUAUACCCCCAAAACAGAAAUUAUCAACGUUCAAGGUCUCUGAAAAUGCUAUUAUUAAACCAGGUACUCCUUUAUAUGCGGCUCAUUUUCGACCAGGCCAAUAUGUUGACGUCACAGCAAAAACAAUUGGUAAAGGUUUUCAGGGAGUUAUGAAGAGAUGGGGAUUUAAAGGCCAACCUGCAACUCAUGGACAAACCAAAACCCAUCGAAGGCCAGGGGCUUCGGGCCCCGGUGGUGAUCCUGCUAGAGUUUUUCCUGGGAAGAAAAUGCCUGGAAGAAUGGGGAACAUCUACAGAACGGCUCAUGGCCUGAAGGUAUGGAGAGUAAACACAAAACAGAACAUCCUUUACAUUCAUGGUUCUGUCCCAGGGCACAAGAACUGCCUUGUGAAGGUAAUUGAUUCUGGGUUGCCUAACCUUAAGGAGCAUAAUAAGAAUCCACCAUUUCCAACUUACUUUGCUGAUGAUGAAAAUGAAGAGCUGCCAGAAGACCUGUUUGAUGACGAGGUGUACCAAUUCACUGAGCCCUCUGUUAGUGUUACCUAAUGUUUGAGAUGUUUGAAGUGUCGUGAUGUCAGGCUGAGCUUUAAUAUCCUAACUGGCUGUUUUAUCCGGAGCUGGUUUUUUUCCCAAUAUCUUGGUUUAUGCCAAUUGCCUUAUUUUGUCGUGAAAGAUGAAGUAAAUUUUAAACCAACAUGUCAGUGAAGAAUUAAAAUACAUUGAAGACACAAGGUAAAAUAAGUAUUUCAAAGCCACUUGUCUAAUCUUGAAGUAUGAGAUGGUCAUUCUACAGACCCAGGACAUUCCAUUCUUUUAACGAUAUGAUUUGUGGCACAUCUUCCGGGGACGCAUUAUGAAAAGAAAAGGAAUUAUGCAAAAGCAGUGAUUUUAAUUCAUUGAAACCCUGCUAUGCAGUGCAGAAUUCAUAACCUUUUCUAGAUUUAUUAAAUAAAUGCAUCU